CAUUUCACUAAGCACCUGCAUUAUAUGCCAGAUCAGUGGAGAGACUGGAACCUUUCCUUAUAUAGUUUUACUUCUCCUAGUGCUUAAUUGUUGCUGUUGUUUGUUGUUGUUGAUGAUGAUGAUGAUGAUAAACCCUUGAAAACAGCCACUUCAACAAAGAAUUAAAUCCCCAUUUCAACCACAUUGGAAUCUGCUUUCUUGAGUUAUUAUUUUUACACCACGAGUUCUAGGAAAUCUUGAACUUUUAUAAGGUUUCAAGAUUCAAUCUUGUUUCAAGGUUCAAUUCAGACCAAUGGUGUGCUCUUCUUGUGCUUUUUAAUAUUGCUGCAAGAGGGUUAGUGUUUUCUUGCCGAAAUUUCAGGUUUACUUGAACACAAGAAGAUGGUGUUUGAUGAGUUUUGGUAUAGUGAUUGAUUUCACACAUCUUCAAUGGCAAAGAAGAGGUGCUGGUUUGGUUGGGUGAGGAGGCUUUUUGUCUCUGAGCAAAAAACAAAAGCAGAAAAGAAGUCAAAGAGGUGGAAAUGGGUUCUUGGAGGGCUUAAGGUUAAACAAUGCCCUGCACUUCCAGCACCAGAGAGAUCAGUCAGUGAAGCAACAGAAACGCAGAAGAAGCAUGCUUUGACUGUUGCCCUUGCAACAGCAGCUGCAGCUGAGGCUGCUGUUGCUGCAGCUCAUGCUGCAGCUGAGGUUGUCCGGCUCACAGGUGCUUCACAGUCUUCCCAUCUUUUCACCAAGGGAGUUGAAACUUUGGCUGCCAUUAAGAUACAAAGCGCCUUCCGUGCAUACCUUGCAAGGAAAGCUUUGCGAGCACUGAAGGGAUUGGUAAAGCUUCAAGCCAUUGUUCGUGGACGAGCUGUGAGACGCCAAGCAGUCAUCAAAUUGAAGCAUCUGCCAUCAAAAGCAAAGAUGCUGUCAGAGGUCCAGUCAAAAGAUAUUGCCACUGCAGAUGGAUUCUGUAGAAACAGUGACAAUAAACAGGUUGUCAAGUCAAAGAAAGAGGUGCGAGAGAAGGAAAAUAAGGUAGGAGAGAUGACUUCACAGCUCUUCAAAUCAAAUAAGGAGUUGGCAGAGAAGGAAAAAAAGAAGGGGAAGAACCAUAAAAAAGAUAAUCAACCAGUACACAUGCAUGAAUUCAACAGCCAAAGAAGUUGGGAUUAUAGUAUGCUUUCAAAGGAAGAUGUGGAAGCUCUGUGGUUAAAAAAGCAAGAAGCUAACAUUAAAAGAGAGCGAAUGAUGAAAUACUCAUUCUCCCACCGGGAGAGAGGGAAUAGUCUACUGGAAGAAUUGCUACUCGCCAAGGAAAGUGGUAGACAGAGUCAUCAGAUGGAACGAUGGUCAAACAAAGAGGCCUUUAAUAGAGAAAAGAUGGAGAAUUUGAAAUCAACGUCCAUCUCUAAUCUGUUUACUGGUGAUGUAUUCAGCCCAGCACAAGUUAAGACCAGAAGUACUCAAAAACAAGAUUUCAUAGAAGGAUUGAACUCACCAAUGUCCGUCCCCAGAAGAUCAUUUGGCCGCGCACGACCAAGUUUGGCAGGCGAUGGUAAUUCGUUGCCAAAUUCUCCAGUUUUUCCAACUUACAUGGCUGCAACACAAUCUGCAAAGUUAAAGGCAAGGUCGAUGAGCACACCAAAACAACGAGUAGGAUUUCAAGAUUCAUGCCUUGACCAGAACUUGCCAUAUAAGAAUGCACUCUCACUUUGGUCUACAUAUAAUGGUGAUACGUUUGGCAUUAGAAGAAAGAGCACUGGUGCUUCCCAGAAUCCCUCUUUAAGCAUAAACGGACAUUACUGAGAUGUCAGCAUUUAAUUUUCAGCAUAAAUUGGUAAUUCAAACGCUAGAGGAAAAUAACAAAGGAUUUUCAACUAAAAUGUUUCUUACUCAGUCACUCAGCGGUUCAAACAAGACACUGAAGCAACUCCAAGAUCAGGUCACUCAAGGCCUUCAAAGAAAAACUCUUACAAGGAAUUUCUAAUGACCCUUCCAUAUCUGAUUGAAGAGCGUUUGAGAGGAUAACUUGCAAAUCUCAUUGCUGCGCUGGUAGAACUCUUUUCAAUCUGUGAAGUCCGUAGCUAAUUACUUUAUUCUUUUUCUUAUCUGUAUUUCCUUUUUUUCUUUUUGGGUGGAAUCAAGUGUGUGUGGAAUCAAGUGUGUAUCUUCUCAUUCAGUCACCAAGUUGUCAUGGGAAAAAGAGUCGGUGAAUCCUCAAUGUAAAAUUUGGCCUGUGUUAAGCUUGUAAUGAAACUCUGGGUAUGUCUGAUCAUUCAGCAUUACAACUGAACAUGUCAGUGUUCAGUUUCUUCACGUAUGAUAGAGUUGGAUCUGAAUUAUUA